AUGGACGCCUCAGCUUCCUCCUUCCUCAACUUUCUCGUCCUCAUCUUAAUCCUCGUCGUCACAGCCGAGUCCAGACCUUCGCCUACGAGAGACGACACUAAGGUCAUGACCUCCCUGUUUGGCUCACGGCUCUCCUCCCUCCUUGUGGCCCCGCCCCCUCAUCACGACGCCACAGAGGGCUCAGCUGGAAGGCCCGCCUCCUCCAGGGGAAUGGCCAGGAGUCGAGAGGCAAGGCCGCAGUUCCUGGUGGACUUCCUGCGGCGGCAUUCCAAGUUGAGGAGGCGCAACCGAAAGGCGAUGGUGGGAGGCAGAGGAUGUUUCGGGAUGAAGAUGGAUCGUAUCGGCUCCGUCAGUGGACUUGGUUGUUGACCGGUUUUUCUUUUUUUUUUUUUUAACGACCGCUGGCCUCGUUUACUAACGAGGGACAAAAGGUUUUCGCCUGUUCAAGACCCAGGUACUUCUAGCUACCUCUGACCUCUGACCCCUGGCUAAAACAUAGCCAGAAGAAUGUGUGUGUGUGUGUGUGUUUGUGUA